UUGCAUUCGCAUUGUCUCUCCAGCCUUGACCCCGAUGCCACGCAAUGUUCCUUCACAGCAGCCUUUGGGAGGUAUGGGCCUUGCUGGCCAGCAGCCUACCAUUCCACCUUUGAUGGAUGAGCUGCCUCUGUUCCAGGAGGAGUGUGCCUACUCUGGCGACAAAAUUCGAGACUUCAAUGAAGCGAUCCAGCUGAGAGAUGACAAACUGUUCAAACGCCUUGAGGAAUGGCUCGAGCGGCUGGAGGCUGCGGUGAUGAGAACUUCAUGCGUACCAAGCCCCAGGAAAAGCGUAAUGACUCCAGAAGAAGAGCACGCUGAGGAGAAGGCUCAUCGUGCUUCCGUGGUUGUGCGGGAGCUUGAGGAGAAAGGGAAGAGGGUCUCUGUCAAGCCCGGAGAUGCAAAGGGUGCGGUGGAUGACCACCGCCACCGUGAGCUCAGAGUGGCCCUGGGCCAAACAGAGGGCGCUGACAGGGAGCGACCUCCACUCAGGGAACGCAUACAGAAGUUUCUUCGUCAGAAAUUGUGUUGGUGGAUAGGUGACGAAGAGCCGGAAGAAGCAGGGAGAGAGGUGAAGGAGGCCUUCGCCUGUCGGAGCUUCAUGCAAGGAAUUGUCAAUGCUUGGAUGUUUGAGGCAUUCUUUGCCGUGGUGAUCAUGACAAACUCCAUUGUCAUCGCAAUACAAGUGGAAGAGUUGGCGAAAGAUCCAGGAGCCUCACCGAGCGAGGCGUCUUUUGUGAUCAACUCCGCCUACACGAUGCUGUUCACCCUCGAGCUGUUGCUUCGGAUAGCUGGUCGUGGAUUCUCCAUUUUCUGUGGGCCAGAAUGGGCUUGGUCCUUUUUGGAUCUGAUCGUUGUAUCGUCCAGCCUCUUUGAAUUUGUGCUGGAAUUGGCACUGCACCAGUCUGGGGAAAACAACACCAAUGUGUUGACCAAUAUGCGGCUGCUGCGAAUACUUCGAAUUGGCAGAAUCACCCGAGCCAUUCGAGUGGUGAGGGUGGUGAAAUUCAUCCGCUCCCUCCGGGCCUUACUCUACCAGAUUGGGAACACCUUGAGAGUAAUGGUUUGGUCCGUGGUUCUUCUGGCGCUGAUUAUCUUUCUGUUUGGCUUAAUCUUUACGGACAUUGCCAGUGAGUAUUUGGCAAGAGAGCGUCCAGCGACAGCGAGCUUUGAAGAAUUAGCAGAACUGGACAAGCUGGCAGGCUUUCUGGCUGAACGCUUUGGAGGGCUAGAGAUUUCUAUGCACACCCUCUAUGGGUCCAUCACUGGAGGCUUCACAUGGAUCGCAGCCGUUACCUACUUCAAUCGGAUCUCAAUGAUCUAUGGUCUCCUUUUUGAGGCCUACAUUGCGUUCUCCAUGUUUGCGGUUCUGAACGUUAUGACGGGAGUGUUCUGUCAGUCGGCCAUGGAAAGUGCAGAGAAGGAUCAUGAACUGAUUCUGCAGAAUGUGGUCCAGGAGAAAGCAAAGUAUUUCAGAGCAGUGCGGAGACUUUUUGCACAGAUUGACAAGAAUGCAAAUGGAGGGAUCACUCAUCAGGAGUUCGAGGCUGCUAUGGUUGACCCUGCCCUGCGCGCUGUCUUUGAUGCUUUGGAGAUCAACGCGGCAGAUGCAUGGGCUUUGUUUCAACAACUGGACACUGACGGCGAAAACAACGUUGAUGUAGAUGAGUUUCUUGAAGGAUGCAUGAUAUUGAAAGGACCGGCCAGGUCUAUAGACGUGAUUUGCAUCAAGCGCGACAUGGCAGCGGUCCGGCAUCGCUUUGAUCAGCAGGCCAACAGCAUUUCUCAGCUUGAGACAAGUCUGAAAGAUAUGCUUCACAUCGUCGAGAGGCCUGGUGGUGUUCAUGGUCAUAGACAACAAUCCCGACACUCCGAACUAAAAAACUUUCUGAAGUCUUGAUCAACUGUAGCCGCUGUAGCCAAUACAAUUUAAGAGCGACGUUGACGUUUGUCAGCCGCAACUUUUGGCAGUUGCGAUUCGCAGGAUUUUUCCACGAAGAAUGUGUAGGCAAACUGUGACUUCCUGUCCAUCGACACAACCUUGG